UGAGACAAAAGACUGGAAGGAGGUCGAGAGCCUCACGUAAGGCUGCUGCAAAGGUCAAGGAGCAGGCGGACUCUGGUAACACGCCAGAGACACCAACAGAGCGAGCGGCGAAUGCGAUAGCAAACGCCAUGGAUGCCAUGGCAGGAGCUAUGACGAAAAUGAUGGCGCUUGAGGAUGAACGGGCGGCAGCUAGCGGCGUAUCUCCCAGGAGCACGUAGUAGAUUCUAGACAAGAGAGUAGGCCCUAUUUUCCGUUUAGAACCAAGAUGAAGAAUUAGAGCAAUUGGAGUGGCGGGCUCCCCGAAACGGGGCUUCGCUUUGUACAUUAUCAAGAAAAACACCUCAAUAAACCCCUUCCUCUUCCUCAUGUACAGUACGCAUUUCAGCAAUUCACUUGAACGAUUGUCUGCCAGACUGUUGCGCACACUUCCGACUAGAUCCAGGAAACCUUAUUUGUCUCAGGAACUGUCCCUGUGGGCACAUCCAUUCAAGUUGUGCGAUGCAUUCCAUGACCUAAACUAUGCCCUCCUAUUGAUCACGAUGUCGAUGCUCCUCCCUUCCAGAAGGUCCCUCGCUGGUCAAGAAAAGAUACAUGUCUUUGACAUCCCAGAGCUCCUAUUACCCAUCUGCGCCUACCUCUCCCCACACGACAUCCUGCAAUGCACACUUCUGUCACGACAUUUCCAUGCCUUGUGCAUCCCAAUCCUUUAUGCACACAUCUCGAUCACGACCCCCUUCCAGUUUUAUCGAUUCCGCACACCUGAGGCACAGGCUGCCCUCGCAAGAAACAGCAUACAUAUUCGGUCGUUCAAUACCCAAUACUACAGUCUACUGCGGUGUCUCCUUUCGGAUUCUGUGAACCUUCACAACCUGACACAUCUCGAGUUUUCGCGGGCGUGUCGAUUCACCGAUCCAGAGGUACCUCGAGGGUUCCGUUCGAUAUCUCCAUCUCAAUGGGGUAACUACGUAUUAAAGGACCAAGAUAUCGACAAGACGAAGGAUCUUCAGGAACGAACAGAAGGAGGGGCAAGACAAGAGACGAUCGAUUACAAACCAGAUGACAUUGCGAUUAUAUACGAACGGAACACGGAGACAAGGGCCAGGAAUGCUCUUGGUCUGUUUGACGAGACAUUGCUUAUUGCCAUGUUGGAAAAAUGCCACCGGCUAUCUGUCUUUGCGAUGGUUGGGUUUCCCUUCGACCACGACCAGUUGAUCCGACGGAUUGGCGAUCGACUGGCAGGCCCUGAUUGCACCCGUCAACAAACCCUUGGUAAUAUGGCCAGCUCUUUCUCAAUGCCAUCACAUUCAGUAUCUUCGACAAGACAACAUCUGGGUUUGAGGAAGCUGGAAUUGACGAAUCACCAUUAUUGUCGCGUGAAAGCCAUAUCGAUUGAAUACCUGUUGAACCAUUGCACGCCCGAGCUGGAGGAGCUACUGUUAUCGAUUUCGUUCGGAAGCAGGGCAGAAGUCGGGUCCGACGAGCAGGAUAUGGAAGACUUGGAUAAGCAGAGCGUCGAUCCAGGCGUAGAGCUAUUACAACAAAUAGUAUCUGAUUUGAAGGACGAUGGACGCGAGUGGAAUCUUAGACGGCUGGCUAUUAAGGGAGAUCUAAGUGGUCCUGGUCCAUUAGUCUGGCUGCCGCUACUGCGGAGGUGCACACGACUGCAGGAUCUUUGCGUGGAUCUAUUCACGAAUGCGUCUCUUGAACAACUAGCGCUGACAUUGAGCCAGUGCUGCCCAAGAAUCGCCGAGAUGACUCUCAGAUGUAUGGCCGGUGGCCCACAGGAUGAUUCACGGAUUGCAGAUUUGAUCCGAUCCUCGGUAUCGUGGAAGCAGCUCUCCAUUUCAUUCCUGCAUGGAUUUGGACCUCUUUCGACGGCAGCAUUGAUCAAGCACUCCAGUGCUCUCGAGACACUCAUUCUCGAAGAAUGCGAUGGAUUCACCAGUGAGGAUAUUCAGACGAUAUUGAGCUCGUGUCCUAGGCUGAAGACAUUCCGAGCGAUGACAUCGAAUGGCAUGGACUUUUCGAGCACGGUGUAUCUGGAUGCGCAUGAGAUGGUGGACUCGCCCUGGAUGUGCCAUCGGCUCGAAAACCUGAAGCUGGUGAUCACAGGCAUCGCGCGUCCGGAUCUACAGAUCGAUCAAUAUGGACAGCCGCUCACCGGCCCUUUACACGACGGCACGAUCACAGGGUUUGAGCUUCAGCGAAUUGUCUACCAGCAACUUGGAAAGCUGGCUCGACUGCAGGAGUUAUGGCUCGGACACGACAAGCAGGACCUGGACGAUGAGGAGAAUUAUCAUUUGACGGAUAUGGAGGGACAUUGGCGGUUCAUUGAUCCGGACGAGCAGUUUGAAUGUCUCGAGUUUUCGCUGAGGAGCGGACUGGAUUUGUUAGCAGGACUGAAGGAGCUGCGGGUGGUGAAUUUGGAUAGGAUGAAGACUCGGAUUGGGCUGUCAGAGGUGCAGUGGAUGACCAGGGAGUGGCCGAAGCUGGAGAGGAUCAUUGGUCUGGUGGUGCAGGGUGAGAAGGUACCGAAGCACGUCCAAUGGCUGUAUGAUCAUCGACCAGAUAUCGAGCUUCCCCCAGUCCUUGGCAACUUUGUCACAACCUUUUCUUGAACGUAUUUUCUUAUUUUCGAAAGGGAGGGGUACAAAGGAAGCGACCAAAUAAAAGCCGUUCUGUUUUUUGUUGUUGCGGUGCUUCCACGUGGUGAGCAACAAACUCUAUUUUUCUGCACGAUCGUCUGUGCGCCACGUUGCACUCGCUGUGUGCGACUCCUGUCU